GUCCAGCUUGUAGUCUCAAGGAGUCUCAGGAGGAGAGAACAGCGAGCUCAGGAGAGCCUCAAACCAACAGGAGCUGAUAAAGCCGACAAUGUCUGAAGGUACCGGGCCAGCCUUUUCGGGCAGGAGAGCUGUGCCACCCAACAAUUCCAAUGCAGAAGAGGAUGAGCUCCCCACCAUGGAGAUUGUGGGCCUCUUGCCCAGGGGAGUUCAACUACAAGACUAUCUGAAUGUCACGGAUGUCCACCUCUUCAAGGACUCCUGGGAUUCCAACAAGGUGGAGCAUCACACAGAUCGGUAUGACAAUAAAAAGUUGAUUGUACGUCGAGGGCAGCCUUAUUAUGUGCAGAUUGACUUUAAUCGCCCCUAUGAUCCCAAAAGGGAUAUCUUCAGACUGGAAUAUAUCAUUGGUCGCUACCCUCAGGAAAAUAAAGGGACCUAUAUCACUGUUCCCAUCGUGUCGGAGUUUCAAAGUGGAAAGUGGGGGGCAAAGAUCAUUUUGAAAGAGAACCACUCUGUCCGCCUGUCUGUCCAAUCCUCCCCAAAGUGCAUUGUGGGGAAAUUCCGUAUGUACGUUGCUAUCUGGACACCGUAUGGCGUCAUCCGAACAACCCGAAACCCAGCAACCGACACUUAUAUACUCUUCAAUCCUUGGUGUGAAGAAGAUGCUGUGUAUCUAGAUAAUGAGAAGGAAAGGGAAGAGUAUGUCCUGAAUGACCUUGGGGUUAUUUUCCAUGGAAACUUCGAUGACAUAAAAACUAGGAGCUGGAACUAUGGUCAGUUUGAAAAUGGCAUCCUGGAUGCUUGCCUAUAUGUAAUGGACAAAGCAGAAAUGGAUCUCUCUGGACGGGGCAACCCAGUGAAAAUCAGUCGCGUUGCAUCUGCAAUGAUCAAUGCCAAAGACGAUCAAGGAGUUGUUGUUGGGUCCUGGGACAAUGUAUAUGCCUAUGGAGUUCCUCCUUCUUCCUGGACUGGGAGUGUUGACAUCCUGUUGGAAUAUCAUAGUUCUGGGAAUCCAGUACAGUAUGGUCAGUGCUGGGUUUUUGCUGGUGUCCUCAACACUUUUUUUCGUUGCCUUGGAAUACCUGCAAGAAUUGUCACCAAUUAUUUCUCAGCCCAUGAUAAUAAUGCCAAUUUGCAAUUGGACAUCUUUCUGGAAGAAGAUGGGAAAAUAAAUCCCAAACUUACCAAGGACUCGGUUUGGAACUACCAUUGUUGGAAUGAGGCUUGGAUGACAAGGCCUGAUCUUCCUGUUGGUUUUGGAGGAUGGCAAGUGGUGGACAGCACCCCUCAAGAAAACAGUGACGGGAUGUACCGCUGUGGUCCUGCGUCUGUCCAGGCUGUUAAGCAUGGCCAUGUUUGCUUCCAGUUUGAUACACCGUUUGUUUUUGCAGAGGUCAACAGUGAUCUUGUAUACAUUACAGCCAAAAAAGAUGCCACUCAUUUGGUUGAAGCUGUUGAUAAAACUCACAUUGGGAAAUUAAUCCUGACCAAGGAAAUUGGUGGAGAUGGAAAGCAGGACAUAACUGAAAAUUACAAAUUCCAAGAAGGCAAAGAAGAAGAGAGACUUGCCCUAGAAACUGCUCUGAUGUAUGGGGCUAAAAAACCUCUUGACACAGAGGGCAUCCAUCAGUUCAAGGCCGAUAUUGACAUGGACUUUGAGGUAGAAAAGGCUGUACUUGGAAAAGACUUCAAAGUCAGCAUCACUUUCCGGAACAGCACCUCUAGACGAUACACGGCUACAGCUUAUCUCUCUGGCAAUAUCGUCUUCUAUACAGGUGUUGCGAAGUCAGAAUUCAAGAAUCAGACUCUCGAUGUGAAAGUGGAGCCCUACUCCUUUACAAAUGAGGUGGUGCAAAUCAAAGCUGGCGAGUACAUGGGCCAGCUGCUGGAACAGGCCGCACUCCAUUUCUUCGUCUCCGCUCGGAUCAAUGAGACCGGCAAGGUUCUUGCCAUGCAGAAAUCAACUGUGCUGCAUAUCCCUACAGUGAACCUCAAGGUUCGAGGACAAAAAGUGGUUGGUUCAGACAUGGUUGUUACAGUAGAAUUCACCAACCCACUGAAAGAAACACUGUACAAUAUCUGGAUACAUCUCGAUGGGCCUGGAGUAAUGAAACCAAUCAGGAAAAUGUUUCGUGAACUUCCACCCAACUCUACCUUGACGUGGGAAGAAGUGUGUCGGCCCUGGGUUGCUGGCUCACGAAAAGUGAUGGCUACGCUGAACUGUAAUGCCUUGAGACACGUGUAUGGGGAGCUUGAGCUAGAAAUUAAAAGGAGGCCAUAGGCGUAAACCUGCAGAGGAGAAAGUGGAAACAGCUUCUCCAUGUCUUGGUUAAGAAAUUCUGAUGCAAAGAUAGGCCAGCUCUUAUUUUAUCUUAGGUGCUAGCACAUUACACAUUCCAGAAGGCAAGGUCAAGAAGGAAAGGGGCUGGUAUGCAUUCGACAUCCCCACUGAGAAACUCUCUACCACACAUUUCCAAAUUCCGCCUCCUCAGUCUGGAGGUGCAAGCAGACAGACUGGAGAGAUCUUGAAUAAUUCGAGCUUCUAAAGUGUUCUGAGCAUUCACUUUAAUUAAGCUCUAAUUAAGCUCUAAUAGCUCAUCAAACUAAAACUUAUCAUUUAUCAUGGCAAACGGCUCAGAUUCCAUUAAUCAGAGGGAUUUUCUAACCCAAGUAAUUUGCCCGUGACUCGAUUUGAUUUCAGACAAGAUUUCCAGUGCCUAGGGAAGCAAAUCUACAAAUGAACAGAGAAAGACCCUCCAAAAAGAUCCUCACCUAGAUCCAAGUUCUUUUUUUGUGCUUUAUGCCCAUGAAUGUCUCUUACCACACCCCCUCCCACAGGUCACAGCUGCAUUCUCUAUAUGGGUUACAGGAGGAGAAGGCCUUCCCAAAAGUCUCAGAAGAAAGGCCUGCCAAAUUUCACAGAUUUACUGUGUGAAAAAACAUGGCCCCAUCUUAACAAACUACAUUUAUGAGGACCGUAAUCACCUAAGAGAUGAGGAAACAAGGGCACCACUCAGCCCUUUUAAAACAAGACAGCUUUAUGGUGCAUUUGAUAGGAGAUGUCAGACUGUGGCCUCAUGUACAGGAGCCUUUUAGCUCUUAGAGUUAAUGCAGUAUGGCUAUAAAGUACUAAGACAGGUUUGUGUAGUAUGUGGAAUCUGUCUCACUACUUUAAACUCACGCUUUGUCUUUGUGUCCUGAAUCAUUCACCUCCCCAAAAAUUCAGGCCCUAGAAAUCCCUUAGAGCCAAGUCAAUUAGGCCGAUGCUGUGGAGGGAGUGCUGAGUUUGGUGGCUGAGCAUAGAUGGAGAAGGAUUGAUUUCUACUAAAUCUGUCCAGACAUCUGUAUCUUUCAUGUAGCAACCUCAGCUCGUACUGGGGUGCUGAAAACUCAGAUUUACUCGGUCUUGCAAAUGGCUACUAGCUCUGUGAUGCUUUCAGGCAAAUGAUAAAGAAUGUUGCGUUCAUUCAUUUUAUUCCUGGAAGGGAAUGGUACAAUUGGGCCAGCAGUUAUUUGCAAUGCUGGUUUAUGUUAAAAGUCUACCAGAAUGCCCAAGAGAACAGUCUAGAUCAGCAGACGAUGAUUCUUAGCAAAGCUUUAUAGCAGGAUAGAGAAGGGGGUGGGGGAUCAUGAAGGAUAGAAUUGCAUGCUCUGGUGCAUAUGGCCAUCAUUGGUGGAAAAUUGGGCCUUGGAUGCCCUUUCCAGGCACCUAGACAUAAGUCCUGCAAGAGCAUUAAUUAAUCAAUGCCAAGGCUUUUUUAAUCACUUUUAUUAAGCAGUCUCAAGAGCUUCUACUGAAUCUUUUGGUAACCAAGUUUCUAAAAGUUUUUGCUAUACUAUAAACCAGCUUGUCUUUGUAUGCUCUUAUUCAUUUGCAUGUUCUAAUUAACCAGAAUGUAAUGGAAACUUAGAAUAAAGUUCAUCUGAUUACACUUGCA